AUGGAGUAUCUCAUUGGGAUUCAAGGACCUGAUUUCGUCCUAGUCGCUGCUGAUAAUGUGGCUGCUAGCAGCAUUAUUCAGAUGAAACAUGACUAUGACAAGAUGUUCAAGCUGAGCGAGAAGAUCCUGCUGCUCUGUGUGGGAGAGGCCGGAGACACUGUGCAGUUUGCAGAGUACAUCCAGAAGAACGUCCAGCUCUACAAAAUGAGGAACGGAUAUGAACUGAGUCCGGCGGCGGCAGCAAACUUCACACGGAAGAACCUGGCAGACUACCUACGGAGCAGGGUAACCGCCUCAGGAUGGAAGUCCUGCUUUCAGUAG